CUGAACAGAAAUUAUACGAUCAAUUAGCCUCACUUUAACCGCUGGAAACAUUGUUUAACCUUUGACCCCUCAGAAAGUCAUUAGCAGUCAGAGGUCAAACAGGGCCUGGAUGUACCUUCCGCUACCACACCUCGCCAGCUGCACCGACGGAAAAAAGCAAUUCUUAAAUUAUUAUACAUUUCCUAUUUUAAAUAUGACUUAUCGUCGAGAUAUUUGUUUUCGCACAACAGGAAUAACAUCAAGCUCCGUCCUUGGAAGAAAAAAAAAAUCAUUCUUCAAGACUUCAAAGAAAGAAAACCUUCUGCAAAGGCGACGGCCUUCCAUGACCCAGUCUAGGUUCUGCAGGGUUCGAGGACCCAACCCCACCCCCACCCCUCCCACCCAUGGACAACACAGAAUGUGGAAGCACAUGACCAGCUGCCAGAAGAAAGAGAAACGGCGAAAAAAGACCGAACAGGCCAAAAGCAGCCGGGAGGAGGCGUCUCCAGUACAGCGCCAGGCCCAAACCCCGCCCCCGAACUGAGCAAGCGAUGGCUGCGCAAGUCUUCGUACCUCCCCGCCCGGAAGAAGAUCCAGCUGCCGGUGACCCCGUUCUGGAAGGGCGCCCCCUACCCGCGGCCGCUGGUGAAGUACACCUCCGCCCUGCCGCUCAGACGGGCCAGGCUCCGACGCAAGGCGCCCCUCCCCCCGUGUGCCGGCCGGGCCGCUUUCGCCAAGCCCGCGGCCGCGCGUCUCCAAGCCCCGCCCCGGCUCCGCUCCGGCCAAUCCGGGACGGCCCAGAAACCCGAUGCCGCUCAGGAAAGGGGGGGCGGGACGAGCCGGUCCCUCCGACCCCGCCCCGGCCCCGCCCCCCUCCAGACGCGCACCCAGGCGCCGCCCAACACCCCCCAGCGGAACGGGGCGCCGCCGGAGGGGGGGAGAGGCGGGGACGGGGCGGGUGCGAACAAGGCCUCCAAAGCGGUCAGGUCCCUUCAGCUCUGCAGCCCCAACUCCGCCUCCAACUCCUCCCCCUCCCCGCCCCCGUCCCCCUCCCCCCUCCAGCGGCGGCGCACGCGCUACCUGUCCCGGCGCUACCUGCAGCAGAUGGAGUGGUACAGGGCCCUGCGCAAGGAGAAGAAGCUGAGGGACGCUCGCAGACGAUUGGACGAGCUCUGCAGCAUGGUAACGGUGCAGCUUGGUGGUGGAUCUCUGAAAAAAGGGCUCCUGAGCGCCUCGGCCCUGCUGGAGUCGAAGAGCAGGGUAAACCGCGCGCUAACUCCCGCCCCCCCCGGCCGGCCGGCAGACCCCCACGGCGCUCCGGGAGGUCCGGAAUCCAGGGACCCGUCCUCCACCAAGAAGAGGAAGCUGAGCCCCCAGUCCGGCGGCGGCCUCCCGCCGUCCCGCGCCUGCCGCCAAAAGCAUCCUUCCCGCCGCUCCUGGAAGCUGGACAGCAGCAGCAGCAGCGGCGGCGCAUCGCCGGGUUCAGACACCGGGGGUGCUGUCACACCGGGCCAGACCCCCGCUCCCUCGCCCGCCUCUACCCCUACCGCCAUCGCCUUCGUCCCAUUGGCUCCCGCGAGCGCCCGUUUUAAAGCCGGUCCAAUCCCCUGCGCCGCCGUCAGGCCCGAACCCUCCCACACGGACGCCAGCCCGACCCCCUGUUCCUCCGCAGUCUCGCAGGCUCACGCUGCGCCGUCUGCUAGCGCCUCCUCACUCAGUAAACACUCACACUGCUUCGCUCCUGCAGCCGCCAAUCGCACCGCAUUAGCUGAGGAGUCCCACUCUGGCUCGGCUCCGCCCACAGGCUUGGCUCCGCCCACAGACUUGGCUCCGCCCACAGGUGUGACUCCGCCCACAUACUCAGCCCCACCCUGCGAAGAUCGCCUCGCUAGGACGCGUUUGCCAGUUGAAACGUCCUCCUUUAAGAGCCCUGCACCUCCAGCUAGGAGCCGAGCGCUCGCUGGCAGAGUGUCUGAGUCUAAAAAGGCUACAGAGCCGUGUGGGCGUUUUGAAAAUACAGACACAGAAUGUAAUGGUGCCGCUGCUGCCCUCCAGAACUCUAAUCCAGCCGUCAGCAGCUCCAAAGUGGCCCGCUCUCGGCCCGCUGAGGAGAGAAAAGAGACUAAUCCGGAGCCGAGCGAUAAGGCCGAGACAGCAUCAGAUAGCGAGCGUUUAACUGCCGCGAAAAACGCCGGCGCCCGUUCGCGCCCAAUUACCGGCCAGCCCGAGACGGAGAGCCGGUCCUCGGCGAGGAGAAAAUGUCCGCUCUCCAGAAGCGCCGCUACCAGCCGGCCGCCGCCGGGGCUGCAGACGUCGCGGGGGCGGCAGGGCCCUGGUUUUCGGAGCGGCUUCCUCAGCGAGCCGGGUGAAACGGGGACGCCGGCGUCAGCCAGCGGGGCGUCGUCAGAACAGCGCAGCGGACUCGCGGAGAAGAGAAGCCCGCGCCCAAUGAAGGCCGCUCGCUCAGCUGCCUCAGCCCUUCCCUGCAAGCUGUCAGGACUGAAAAGCCGCUCUGCGGUCCAGACUGCGUCCUCAAAGGCCGAGGAGCCUGGCAAGAAGCCUUCAGUCCGUAAGGCGACGCCACGCGCCAAUCCAGCCAAUGAGAACUCUCGCAGGACCCAGGCCAAUGAGGCCUCUCGCUCUGCGGGCUUGGGCAGUCCCGGCGGGGCCUUUUUCCUCAAAGACGGCGCGGCCGCGAGGGCGUCCCGCGCGGUCAGAGCUCACGGGUACAGGACGUCCCCGAAGGCGAAGGCGAAGACGCAGACGCCGUCCCCGUCUUCACGCUGCGAGGUCUGUCCGCUCUGCCAGUGCUCUUCGGCGGGAAUGCCGUCGGCCGGAACGCCGGCGUCCCUCGCCGUCCCCGCGGCGGGGAGGAGGAGCGUGACCCCCGGCUCGGCCCCCGGGAGGACCCCGAAGCCCAAACGCAGACCCCCUCCCCGAGACUGGUCAGCGCCGGCAGGGCCCCCACUCUUUUCCGUUUCCCCCGCUCGCGAAACCCCCGCCAAGCAACCCCCGACCCCCCGUCCCAAACUCACGCCCAGGAGAGAGUCUGAGACGGGACGGCGUUCCGUAGAGGCCACGCCCCGUGGCGACGCUAGUCCCCGCCCACAGUCGCGCGCGGCUGCUUCUGAACACCCUCGUACCGCCGGUCACCAAGGCCCGUCUCGGCACGCCGCUGUGUCUCCUGGUUUGUCCGGCCCCAGCCCUGUCAGCGCACAGGCCCCCGCAGACUCCCAGCCCGGCAGGGGAAACAGGGCCGCCGUAGGGACGGCAGAGCCACAGUCGCUAACUAGCGCCUCGGCGCCGCCCGCGCGCGGGGGGGUCUCAGAGAGGCGUGGGGGUCUCAGCCUGGCCGAGGGCAGCCCCUCUUCCGCCUUCGCCCCCCCGGACACCCCCGCCCCGGGCGACGACACCUGGCUGUCCCCCGUUUGCCGCUCGGACGACACCUCAACAGUGCGGCGUGGCGAGCCCAGCGUCAGGAAGACCGAAAAGCCCCACUCCCCCAAAGCCACGCCCAGGAAGACCUUAUUUGGGAGGGGCGACCAUAGGGGCGGUCAGGGGGGCAGCGCACAGAAGGCCAGCAGGGACAGCGCUGGGACCGACCAGUCCAGGAUGUGGGAGGACGUGACGCCAACGCCGAGGACCAGUGGCCACAAGGGGGCGCCACACUCCAGAGAUCGAGCCGUGACUAACCAUCCGGCUGCGGGACAGGAGGACCUCCUGACGGGACGGGAGGGUCCGGCCUCGCCCCCCGCCAGCCCGGAGCUGAUCGAAACGCUGGUGAGCGUGAUGACCUCACUCCUGGGGCUGGAGCCCCCCCUCCCCGGCUCCCUGCUCUGGGACCCCUGCAGGAACACACACACAGACCAGGAAGGGAGCUGUCCGGCAAGAAACCUGGGAUUCCUCAUGAGGCUGAAAGCCAAGAGACAGAGGCUCCAGGAGCUGAGGAGGAGGGUGGAGCGCCUGACCGCGGAGCUGCAGGAGGCCAGGGAGGAGCUGGAGAGGGAGACGGCCGAGUGCCACCGGAGGGAGGACAGAGGAGACGAUGUAGAGGAGGCGCAAGAUGAGCGGGAGAUAGAGAGAGAGAGAGAGGGAGGGAGAGAGGGAGGGCCACUGUUCAGGAAAACUUUGAAUAGAUGUUAAGAUUUCAGUUUUAGAUUGGCUGUGUUGUCCGCUAGAGUUGCCUCAGUGUAACCUUCCAUGCAGUGCUUGUUGUGUCCUUUAAAUAUGUUUUGAA